UAUGUCUCUAUUGACAACACUGGUUCUAAGUUUUAACGAAGAUAUGUUUCUAUGUUUUCUAUGUUAUUAACAUGGCUAUUUUUUAAAAAGCUUUAUAUACCACCAUUUUUUUAUGAUAUAUCCAAUCAGCGCUUAACAAUACAUUGCACAAGUCACUGUUUCUUUUUUACUUAUUCCUUUUUUAUAUUGAUAAUAAAUGUAAUUUUAUAAUGUUUAAAUGCGUGUAUCAAUUCUUCGAACAUAACAAAUUGGCGACGAGGAUAAAAAAAAGAUUAAUCAACAUUCAGAACCAUCAAAAGAAAAGCAUCAAGUCAACAAUCAUAAAAACAGUAAAAUGUCUGCUGAUAUGGAUAAACUUUUGCAAGCAAUUACCAGCAUGACCAAUGCUCUGCAGGAACAACAAUAGCAACAACAACAGCUUCAACAAUCGAACAUAACCAGCGUCAAUGUCAUUUCAAAUUUUGAUCAAUUCGACCCUAAAACAGAAUCAUUCGAUGUUUAUAAAGAACGAUUGGAAAAUUAUCUGCAAUUGAAAGGGGUUUUCGGAAACAAAGAGAUGUGUGCAAAAUUAUUGCUGCAGUAUGUGGGUGCAUCAAAUUAUUCAACACUAGCAACAUUAGUCGCUCCAACACCGAUCAACCAACUAUCCUACGACAAUAUUAUAUUCCAUUUGAAACAACAUUUCUGUCCUAAAAAAAAUAUUCUUGUGCAACAACACAAGUUUUUAAAUGAAAUACAAAAUGAAGAUCAGAGUAUUUCUGAUUUUAUUGCUGUUUUACAGGAAAAGGCGGCGAUGUGUCAUUUUGUGUGUAGUUGUAACAAAUCAGUUUCGGAUAUAUUUUGUCGAGCGCAGUUUAUAAGAGGAAUCCGAGAUAAUAGCAUUCGUGAAAAAUUGCUGCAAAAACCCGAAGACACAUUUGUGCAAAUUUGUGAAAAGGCGAAGGCGUUGGAGGCAGCGAAAAUAAAUAAUAAUGAAAUUAUGCAGAGUUCUUCAACAAGCGAGGUAAAUAAAAUAAAACAAAAACAAUCCGCAACAAGUACCCGAUACCAAAAAAGUAAUCGAUACGCAUCAUCGUCAUCAACAGUUAAUUAUCGACAACUAGGUCUUGAAGGGAUGUGCUUACGAUGUGGGCGAAACAAUCAUCGAUCAAAUGAAUGUAAAAUAAACAAAAACAAUCUAAAAUGUUCUUUUUGUAACAAAACAGGUCAUGUGAGACAAGUAUGCAUAAAAUCGAAAUUUAAACAAAAUUCAUCAUAUAAUGCAAUACAAUCGUGUUCAUCUGAUGACGACUACUGUGAGGAUGAUGAUAAUUUUGGUAUCCAUCAAAUAGUCGAUAUUUACAACAAAUCAGAAAUUCCACCACCAGAAUUGCAAAAAUUUUUCGCAACGGUUUCAAUCGACGGGAGGAAGCAAGUUUUCGAAGUAGACUCUGGUGCCGGCUACACUCUCAUACCAAAGAACGAUUUUGAAAAACUCAAAUUAAAUUUAAAGCUUCAAAAAACCAAGAUAGCAUUUCGCGCUUAUACGGGGGAUGUGUUUAUACCUCUGGGUGUAGUGGAUGUUAAUGUCCAAUAUAAAAACAGGAAGUCCAGAGAGAAAAUGUUUGUUGUGGACGCUAGACACUCUGCGUUGCUUGGCCGUGUAUGGAUAAGGCAUCUUAAAAUUGAUCUUAGAGAAGUAGACCAAGACUGUUUGAAGGUAAAUACAGACAACAACGUAUGUAUAAACUCAAUAAGUGAAAUAACGCAAAAGUUCUCAAAAGUUUUCCAGCAGAAAGUGGGGUGUAUUCCCAAUUUAAUAUGUUCAUUAAAAUUGCAGGAAGGGGCAAAGCCAGCUUUUUUAAAGGAAAGGCAAGUUCCAUUCGCUCUUCGUGAAAAAGUAGAGCAAGAACUCGACACAUUAGAAAACGAGGGUAUAAUUUCAAAAGUUAACACCAGUAAUUGGGGUUCGCCACUGGUUGUCAUACCAAAACCUGAUGGGAAUGUGCGGUUAUGUGUUGACUACAAGCUCUGCGUCAAUCCCCAAUUGGAGCCUGCUCACUAUCCAAUAAAGCGAAUAGAUGAAAUAUUCAACACAUUGAAAAAUUCCAAAUAUUUUUGUAAGCUGGAUCUAUAUAAAGCGUAUUUACAUGUAGCAGUGGAUGAUGAAAGCAAAAUAAUUCAAACAAUUUCUACACACAGAGGUACGUAUCGAAUGAAUCGCUUGUCAUUUGGUAUAAAGACCGCUCCUAGCGAAUUUAAUCGUAUAAUAGACCAAAUUCUACGAGGCCUUGAAGGUACCACAUCUUAUUUUGAUGACAUAAUUGUGCACGGUCCAACCAAAUCCCUGUGUGAGCAGCGACUUAUUGAAUGUUUGGAACGCCUGCAGACAUAUAAUCUACACGUUAACAAGGACAAAUUUACAGGAAAUCCACCACAGAAGGAACCUCAAAUUGAAGAAGUCAUAAUCCAGCGGAAUCAGACACAACCUCAAGCUCCCAGCGAAUCGCAGCCUCCAGCCUCCGCCGAGCCACAGCUGCCAGAGACACCACUAAGUAUUAGGCGAUCGAACAGAGUAAGGAGACUUCCAGCACGUUUCCAAGACCACGUUCCCUAUUAGUGUGGGAGAUUGUUAUGUCUCUAUUGACAACACUGGUUCUAAGUUUUAACGAAGAUAUGUUUCUAUGUUUUCUAUGUUAUUAACAUGGCUAUUUUUUAAAAAGCUUUAUAUACCACCAUUUUUUUAUGAUAUAUCCAAUCAGCGCUUAACAAUACAUUGCACAAGUCACUGUUUCUUUUUUACUUAUUCCUUUUUUAUAUUGAUAAUAAAUGUAAUUUUAUAAUGUUUAAA